UCCUGAAGAAGCACGAGGCCCUGAUGUCGGACCUGUCGGCUUACGGCAGCAGCAUCCAGGCCCUGAAGGAGCAGGCCCAGUCCUGCAGGGACCUGAAGGCCAACGAGUCCCGCCUGAGGGACAUCAACAAGGUGGCAUCUGAACUGGAGUCAGAAGGUCUGAUGGCUGAGGAGGCUCCUAUGGUUCAGGCUCAGCAACAAGAACAUCUGGGUUCUGCUCCUGGAAAGGAUGAAGCAGACUCUAACACGGCGUCACCCUGGAAGACCGUACGGUUGGGCGUUCAGACGACGGCUAACUUUAAUUCCAUCAAGGUAAGAGGAAGCUCUUCCCUUCCUGUCUGAGCGAUCCGUCUCCAGGUUUCCUCGUCCGGCGUCCAGCCCGCUGGCAUCCACCUUCAUCUCACCUUCAUCUCAUCUCACUUCAUUUAUAGUGCAAUACUUUCACAUUAUCAUUUUCCCACACUUCUGUAUACCUGUAUUUUGUUGUUUUUCAAUAAAGAAUGACAAAUUA